CUGCGUGACAUGUCGCCCCGCCCCGCCCCUGACUGCUGCCCAUGAACACGGAACUGCAGCUGGACCUCUGCAGUCUCCUUCGCAUUCAGAAGCACUGUACCUUCGCCUUGAGGACUGACUGGUGUUCGUGGUACCGCUCGUAAUGUUCCGCUUGCGGGCGUUGUCAGCUGUAUCUUUCGGCUUGGUUCGCCUAUCCCGGUCAUAUCACAGCGGGGCUGUCCAUGGAUCUGGACGAAGGAGGCUUAUGCUUGCAGCACUGGCCGGUGUGACAGGCGUUUCUGCUAGUGCUGGUCUCCUCUGGAAAAGAGCGUAUGCGGAUGCCGGGCCGUCCGUACGACACGCUGAGCCACAAGGCGCGGAAGCGGAUUUGGUGAGGGAUCCGAAUGUUGAUACAGACACAGAGAAAUCGGUGGAGGCCAGUAGUGGAGAUGAAGAGGCUAAGGACGAGGGCGGAGACGGGAAAAAAAAGAAGGCCCGCUCUGGAUUCCGUGACCGCAAGGUGAUGGAGUACGAGAACAGGAUAAGGGCUUACUCAACUCCAGACAAGAUUUUCCGCUAUUUCGCCACACUCAAGGUCAUCGGUGAGCAUGGAGAUGCUGAGGUUUACAUGACGCCCCAGGACUUCAUACGCUCCAUCACACCUAAUGAGAAGCAGCCUGAGAACCUGGGCCUGGAUCAGUUCAUUGUGAAACGCUUUGAUGGAAAGAAGAUCGCUCAGGAGCGGGAGAAGUUCGCGGACGAAGACAGUAUUUUUUUCACCCUGGGAGAAUGUGGCCUUAUCUCUUUCUCCGACUACAUCUUCCUCACUACAGUGCUGUCCACUCCCCAGAGGAACUUUGAAAUUGCGUUCAAGAUGUUUGAUCUGAAUGGUGACGGUGAGGUGGACCUUGAGGAGUUUGAACAGGUUCAAAGCAUCAUUCGGUCCCAGACCAGCAUGGGCAUGCGUCACCGCGACCGCUCCACGACGGGCAACACGCUGAAGACAGCCGGCUGUAGCUCUGCUCUUACGACCUACUUUUUUGGGGAAGACCUGAAGGGGAAACUUACCAUAGGAAGCUUCCUGGAGUUUCAGAGAAAACUGCAGCAUGACGUGCUCAAGUUAGAGUUUGAGAGGAACGAUCCUGUGGACGGCAGAAUCUCCGAGAGACAGUUUGGGGGAAUGCUGCUGGCCUACAGUGGUGUACAGUCUCGUAAACUCAAGCAGAUGCAGAAGGGAUUAAAGAAGAUGUUCAAGGAUGCACAGGGCAUCACGUUUGAGGAGGUGGAGAAUUUCUUCACUUUCUUGAAGAAUGUGAACGACGUGGACACGGCUCUCAGCUUCUACCACAUGGCUGGAGCGUCUAUUGACAAAGUUACCAUGAAGCAGGUGGCCCGGACCGUGGCCAAGGUGGAGCUGUCUGAUCAUGUGUGCGACGUGGUGUUCGCACUCUUCGACUGCGAUGGAAACGGAGAGCUGAGUAACAAGGAGUUCAUCGCCAUCAUGAAGCAGCGGCUGAUGCGCGGCUUGGAGAAACCCAAAGAUAUGGGCUUCACCCGGCUGGUGCGAGCCAUGUGGAAAUGUGCCCAGGACACCGCGUGGGACUUCGCCAUGCCAAAGACAUAGUGGAGACCCCACCUGAGUGGGUGAGGUGGAGGGGGGGCACUUCCUCUCCUCUUCCUCUGCAGAGUUUAGAAAGACAAAUUAAUGCAAUGGGCUCAUUAAGGCUGCACCUUGACAGCCACCAUCCAUCAUUAAUGCUUGUCAGUGCAGCUCCAACUAUCAAUAAGGUGACUGGUGCAUGCUGACUCAACAUGAAAAGCUUCCCUUACAUGCAGCCUCGGGGGCGAACGCUGGGUUUUAUAUGGCCGGGCUAACACAUGUUGAGCGAAUAUAUUUAUUUUACAUGCAUUCGGUCAGAUAUGUGUGACGACGCUAUAGAAAACUUGAUGCUUCUGUUGUGCAACCUCCUCAAAAACACUUUAUACACGACAAAUAUCAAAUGUUCUAUUAAAGAUGUUUUUAUUACUCUAAAGUGGCUAUUUGUUUUGGGAGACUUUUCUUUACCAUAAACCUGAGACACACUUGAAAUGAAAUUAGCCAGGUCCAGCAGGAAUCGAUGGUCAUGUGACUAAUGAAAUAGUGUUGUUACUUUUUAAGGCAAACGCACGUGUGAUUGUCUACAGUUGCAUUGACUGUAUGCCAAAGGGAGAAGAAAGAUGGUGGUGUGUGUGUGCGGGUGUGUGUUUGAAGUAGCAGUCAGCAGUUUCAUCUAAUUGAAAUGGACAGAACCAGCAGUUCCUGCUCUCUGCCGCCCAUUAAAAGAUUGUCCUGCAGCGUGUCUACACACACACACACACACACAUUUGUCUUGACAGACAGAAGUGGCACUUGGGAAUGAUUGCGGUGCAGAGAUUGGGGUGAAAGGCUUCUCAUCACAUUCAUGUCUUAAGUCGGCCUUUCAGGAGAAAACAAACCCUCUGUACAACAUCAUAGACAUGGCUUAAUAAACUGCUUCACUGUGCCUUAUUUGGUUCUCCUCUCAGAGAGGACACCCGGGUCUGUUUUGGACCCAGUGUUGAGACACCAGGUGAGAAGUUUGUAUCUCAGUGUAUGCAUUUUCAACGCGUCUUCUUGGACCUACAACAGUUUAUCUGCUUCUGUGUUUACUUGCCUCAGUAAUUCAUCGCUUCAUUUGUGCCCUAUAUGCUCUGUUUUUGUUUCUUAAAACAUUUUUGGAAGUCUUUAUAAGUGUUUCUCUGGUCAACUCUGCUUCUACUGCUAUUCAUUAAAAAUGAGAAACAAAGUACAAUUCAGAUUUUGACAUUGAGAGCUACAGUCCUCUGAUACGGAGGUAGAUUCUCUCAACACUGGUUCCAUCUGCUCCAUUAUCUUACACAGCCUUCUCCACAGCCUGUUCCCCCGCUCGCCAACGUGAACCCAAAGCCAGCCAACUCGUCAAGUUUGGAGGCCCGGUGGGAACGUAAGUGACGCUUCGAGGUGACAGCGCAGAUGCUGACCAGCCAACCACACCUCUGAGUUGCACUUGCUCUUGUGUAGAAAGGACUCGGCUCGUCGCAUGUACCAACAGACUGAAGUAUUUCAUAUCCAAGUGGAUGGUGACGAGAAAAACGUGGCUGUAGGAAGUGUAAUAUUUGGCUUAUGUGUUUGGUCAACCUAUCUUUGUCAGUGUAUGUCUGAAACGAAAAACAGUUGUGAGUUAGCAACUAUGCCAACAUUACAGGUAGCAUUUCAGCUGAAUCCAAAAAGCGGUCGGGCUUUUGUGAGUUAUACAGCUCCGUCACCAAGAGACGAAAGUCUAGUGAAAAGAGACACAGGUAUGUGGCAUUCUAAUUCAAUUUGCUUUGCUUUCGACAUUUGCUUUCAUCGCUAAAGUCCGUGUAUUGUUGCGUACUUUCAUGCCAAUUAAAAGUGAGAACCUGGGUGAUGAUUUAUUCUAGCUGGUUCACCAAGUCACUGACUAAACGAAAUUAUUAAUCUCAUCGAAACUCCUUGCAUCUCUCAAGAAAAGGACAACGGAAUGAGAUAGGAAGCACCUCCAUGUAAUGAAGUAAUCAAGAUACAAAAGAAGGGGUCAAACUCCAUACAGACAAAACGAACAGAAGACAAGGCUCUAUAUGACGUUUCACUCCAACAAUGAACAGUCGAGAUGCAUCCACCAACAGGAUAAAGUGUCUAAUGGAAAUGGCUUGAUCAUAACAUGGUGCGACUGUGAUAAAAACCUAAUAA